UUUAUUUCGAAUAACAUUUUUAAAUUUAAGGUUUAACUUAAUUUAAAUUCUUUUAAAACAUAAUUUGAAGCAUAAUAUUUUUAAAAAGACGUAUUUUCAAGAAAAACGAAAUUCAUGGUUGGUUGAGACUCCUAUCUUCAUACAAUUACAUACCUUUUUAAGGUCUCAAUUUGUAGUCAACUUUGAUUCAAUCUGUGUUUGAAGUCUUAAAUUCUCAAGUAAAACACCGUCUACAACACCGGGCAUCAAGCUCUACUUCCGCAAGUCGUCUCCCCUGUUUCGUAGCUUCUGCAACUCUCUGCUUCUCUCCCAUGGCAGAAGCUUCGAUCGCACCCACCCCGCUGUUGAAGGAUGAGCUCGAUAUUGUAAUACCCACGAUCCGAAACCUGGAUUUCUUGGAGAUGUGGAGGCCUUUCUUUGAGCCGUACCACCUGAUCAUCGUUCAAGACGGGGAUCCAUCGAAGACCAUCAAGGUUCCAGAGGGCUUUGACUACGAGUUGUACAAUAGGAACGACAUCAACAGGAUUCUGGGUCCUAAGGCUUCCUGCAUCUCCUUCAAGGACUCCGCUUGUCGAUGCUUUGGCUACAUGGUUUCCAAGAAGAAGUACAUAUUCACCAUUGACGAUGAUUGCUUCGUAGCCAAAGAUCCAUCAGGGAAAGAGAUAAAUGCCCUCCAACAACACAUAAAGAACCUUUUGAGUCCAUCUACUCCAUUUUUCUUCAACACCCUUUAUGAUCCAUACAGGGAGGGUGCUGACUUUGUGCGUGGAUACCCUUUCAGCCUCCGUGAGGGUGUCACCACAGCUGUUUCUCAUGGCCUCUGGCUCAACAUCCCUGACUAUGAUGCUCCCACCCAGCUUGUCAAGCCUCGUGAGAGAAACACGAGGUAUGUGGAUGCAGUUAUGACAGUACCAAAGGGGACGCUUUUUCCCAUGUGUGGUAUGAAUUUGGCAUUCAACCGUGAGCUGAUUGGACCUGCAAUGUACUUUGGUCUCAUGGGUGAUGGCCAACCGAUUGGACGUUAUGAUGAUAUGUGGGCUGGCUGGUGCAUGAAGGUAAUAUGUGACCAUCUAGGAUGGGGAGUUAAGACUGGCCUGCCAUACAUAUGGCACAGCAAAGCCAGCAAUCCAUUUGUUAACCUCAAAAAGGAGUACAAGGGUAUCUAUUGGCAAGAAGAGAUCAUCCCUUUCUUCCAAGCCAUAGCCCUUCCAAAGGAAUGCAUUACGGUUCAAAAAUGCUAUUUUGAACUCUCAAAACAAGUCAAGGCUAAGCUUGGCAAGGUAGAUCCCUACUUCCUUAAGCUAGCUGAUGCCAUGGUCACAUGGAUUGAAGCUUGGGAUGAGCUCAAUGGUUCGGUGGCAGAUUCUUCCCAGCUACCGAGCGGCACUACAAAGUAGAGACUCUGAUACACAGAUACUUUCCCUGCAUUCUAUAGCUUGAGAAGCUACCAUCCAUUGUUACAUUUAUUUAUUUACUGAUACAAUUACUAUUCUAGCUUGUUUUGUUUUCUACUCCUUGUUGAGUGGGAGAGUGACACAUUUUUUGGUGAUAUAUUGAUUUUGGAAGUCUUU